AUGGCACAUUACAGAGCAGGCUCAGAGGUAGAGAACGUGUUAAACGACAGAAACACUAGUCGUCUAGAAAAAGAGGAAGAGGAAGAUGAAGCCAUGAAAUGGGCGGCUCUGGAGCGGCUUCCUACUUACGACCGUGUUAGAAAGGCCAUGCUGAGAGGGAUCACAGGUGGUUUCAAGGAGAUUGACCUUAAGGAUCUUAACUUCGUGGAGAGAAGAGAGCUGUUUGAUAGAGUUGUUGCCAUGGAUGACAAAGAUUGGCAUGGAUUCUAUCUACGCAGGCUAAAGAGACGUACCGAUAGAGUCUCUUUGAAUCUCCCAACGAUAGAAGUCAGAUUUGAGAAUGUGAACGUGACUACUGAAGCCUUUGAAGGGAACAGAGCUGUUCCCACAGUCAUUAACUCAUACGUUAGCGUUGCAAAAGGUGUUGCAACAAAAAUUGGAGUUCUUCGAAGUAAAAAAACUACAAUCUCCAUUCUAAAAGAUAUUAGCGGAAUCAUCAAGCCCGGCAGGCUGACUCUACUUUUAGGACCACCAAGCUCUGGAAAGUCAACACUACUCAAAGUAUUGUCUGGAAAGAUAGAAAGUGGACUAAAAUGUACAGGGAAAGUGACAUACAAUGGGCAUGAAAUGCAUGAGUUUGUACCUGAAAGAACUGCCGCCUAUAUCAGCCAAUACGAUGUUCACUUGCCAAAGCUAACAGUUCGUGAAACAUUAAAGUUUUCCGCAAAAUGUCAAGGGGUCGGCACAGGUUACGACAUGCUUGAGGAGUUACUAAGACGGGAGAAAGAACAGAAUAUCAAGCCUGAUCCUUAUCUUGAUGCGUUAAUGAAGGCUUCGGUUAUAAAAGAACACAAGGAGAAUGUGGUUACAGAUUACGUUUUAAAGUUACUAGGACUUGAGACAUGUGCUGAUACUAUAGUUGGAGACAAUAUGGAAAGAGGCAUCUCUGGUGGUCAAAAGAAACGUGUAACAACCGGCGAGAUGUUGGUCGGACCAGUCGGAGCUUUCUUCAUGGACAACAUAUCAGAUGGUUUAGAUAGCUCCACAACGUUUCAGAUAGUAAAAUGCAUCAAGCAAAUGAUCCAAGUUUUCGAUAAAACCGCUCUUGUCUCUCUUCUCCAGCCUCCUCCAGAGACAUACGAGCUUUUCGAUGAUGUCAUCAUCCUUGGAGAAGGCCGUAUCAUUUACCAAGGACCUAGAGAAGACGUUCUCGGUUUCUUUGAGUCUAUGGGGUUUAAGUGUCCUGAAAGAAAAGGAGUUGCUGAUUACUUACAAGAAAUUUUAUCAAGAAAAGAUCAAGAACAAUACUGGACCAAUCCAGAGCUACCUUAUCAUUACAUAUCUGCAAAAAAGUUCGAGGAAGGGUUCAAAACGUACCAUCUCUGGAGCACAAUAAGUUCUCAGCUAGCAACACCUUUUGAUCGAGAGAAGAAUCACCGAGCAGCCUUGACAAGAACUAGGUAUGGAGCUAGAAAGAUGGAGCUACUAAUGGCAUGCUUACUAAGAGAACAUAUUCUAAUGAAAAGAAACAUUAGAAUCUUUGGCUUCAAGUCAUUUCAGCUCAUUUUCAAUGCGGUCAUGAUAGCCAUUGUAUUCUCGACGCAAAGAGACUACCACAAGACGGUAGAGGAUGGAAUUAUCUACAUGGGAGCUAUCUUUUUAGAAGUACAAAUGAUUGUCUUCUCUGGCUUCUUUGAGCUUCCUAUGACGAUCGAUAAACUUCCCGUGUUCUACAAGCAACGUCGUUUCAGCUUCUAUCCUUCGUGGGCUUUCUCGUUACCAGCUUCAGUCAUCAACUUUCCUAUAUCCUUUGUGGAAGUCUUGUUUGUGGUUUGUAUAACUUAUUACAGCAUUGGAUAUGAUCCAACCAUCACAUCGGUUUUAAAACAUUACUUGAUUCUAGCAUUGUGUGGACAAAUGUCGUAUGGAUUUUUUCGGUGUAUCGCUGCAGUGACUAGGAACCAUGUGGUUGCAAACACAAUGGGAUGUAUUGCUGUGAUGUGGCUGAUAACAUUCAGUGGAUAUGUGUUAUCUCGACACCAAGUCCACAAAUGGUUGACAUGGGCUUAUUGGACAUCCCCAUUUAUGUAUAUUCAAACUGCUGUCUCCGUUAACGAGUUCCGCAGCAAGUCCUGGAAAGAUGUAAUUUAUUAUGUGGUGUACAAUUUGCAGGGUCUUGGAGUUGCAAUUUUGAAAUCUAGAGGAUUUUUUGUAGAGACUUACUGGUAUUGGAUUGGGCUUUUGGCAUUGAUCAUAUCCACAAUCUUGUCCAACAUUGUUACUUCUUUGUGUCUGGCUUUUCUUAAACGUGAGUUAUCCAAGUCUGCGGUUUUACCAGAUGAAUGUGAAGAAGCUGAUAGCAACGCCUAUACAAGUAAACUCAAUAAUAUAUCUCUUCUGAAAAGUCUUUAUGAUCCUAAACAAAGAUUGACUUUUAUAGGUGUGACGACAAAGAGAACAUGCAACGACGAAAAACUGCGUAUACCUUUCAAGCCUCUCUACAUCACGUUCGAGAACAUCAUAUAUUCAGUUGAUACUCCUAAUGAAAUGAAAAAAAGAGGGAUCAAAGAUGAGAAGCUAGUGCUACUAAAUGGACUAAGCGGUGCUUUUAGGCCAGGUCAUCUCACUGCACUAAUGGGCAUGAGUGGAGCAGGCAAAACUACAUUGAUGGAUGUUUUAGCUGGUCGCAAGAACACUGGUUACAUUCAAGGAGACAUCAAUGUCUCUGGCUUUCCUAAAAAGCAAGACAGCUUUGCUCGUGUUUCAGGAUAUUGUGAACAGUUUGACAUACACUCCCCUCUCUUAACAGUCUAUGAGUCCCUUAUUUACUCAGCAUGGUUGAGAUUACCCUCUAACAUUGACGCAAGUACUAGAGAGAUUUUCAUUGAAGAGGUGAUGGAGUUGAUAGAGUUAGAACCAUUGAGAGAUAUGUUGGUUGGUUAUGUUGGAAUUAGCGGUCUUUCAACUGAGCAAAGAAAGAGAAUGACAAUAGCUGUAGAGCUUGUAGCAAAUCCAUCUAUUCUUUUUAUGGAUGAGCCAACAUCUGGCUUGGAUGCAAGAGCUGCUGCUAUUGUCAUGAGGACUGUUAGAAACACUGUUGAUACAGGAAGAACUGUUGUCUGCACCAUUCAUCAGCCUAGUAUUGAUAUUUUUGAAUCCUUUGAUGAGCUUUUCUUGUUGGCGAGAGGAGGAGAAGAGAUCUAUGUUGGUCCAAUUGGUCACAAUUCCUCAAAACUAAUUGAAUACUUCGAGGGAAUAAGAGGAGUAGGUAAGAUCAAGGAAGGUUAUAAUCCAGCAACAUGGGCACUUGAAGUGACAACAAGGGAACAAGAAGAUGUUCUUGGUGUCAGAUUUGCACAAGAAUACAAAGACUCAAACCUCUACAAGAGAAACAAAGAUCUAAUUAAGGAACUAAACAAGGUUCCUCCAGAUGCACAAGACAUUCAUUUCUCAACAAAGUACUCACAAUCCUACCUCACUCAGUUCCUAGCUUGCCUGUGGAAGCUACACAAGUCAUACUGGAGAAACGUUCCUUACAAUGCUGCGCGUCUUUGUUUCGCUGCUGCGGUUGGAAUCAUUUACGGGAUCAUAUUCUGGAGCCUUGGCAAAAGAAUGGGAACAAGAGAAGAUAUCUUCAACAGUGUAGGUGCUAUGUCAAUCGUUAUUGGCUUCUUAGGCUCACAGAGUGCGGCUACUGUGCGUCCUGUGGCCAUAGCUGAACGUACUGUCUUUUACCGAGAGACUGUUGCUGGAAUGUACUCAGCUCUACCAUAUGCAUUCGCUCAGGUGAUGAUUGAGAUUCCAUAUACAAUGGCUCAAGCAUGGAUCUAUUCAAUUAUUGUCUAUGGAAUGAUUGGAUAUGAAUGGACUGCUUCCAAGUUUUUGCUAUACACAUUCUUUACUUUCAUUACCAUCCUCUACUACAUCUACACCGGCAUCAUGCUCAUUGCAGUAAGUCCUAAUCAAGAAACCGCUGCGAUACUCAAUGGUAUCGUCUCCACAACGUUGAACGUCUUCUCAGGAUACGCCAUCCCUCGUCCUAGAAUGCCUGUGUGGUUGAGAUGGUUCCCGUACGCUAGUCCAGCGUGGUGGGGGUUGUAUGGAGUGACUAUAUCUCAGUAUGGAGAUGUAGAGACGAGGCUUGAUACUGGUGAGACGGUUAUUGAGUUCAUGAAGAACUAUUAUGGUUAUGAACAUGACUUCUUGUGGGUUGUCUCACUUGUCCUCAUCGCUUUUUGUGUGCUCUUUGCCUUUAUCUAUGCUCUCUCGGUUAAGACUCUCAACUUUCAAAAGAGGUGA